AUGAUACUUUUGGAGUCUGUUGGCAAUCUGGUGGUCUUGUUCGUGGCACUCUUUGCUGUUGCUUCUCGCGGAAAACUAUCCGCUGGUUUUACCGGUUUGGUAAUCAGUCAUGCCCUGAAUCUUAAUCAGACCCUGAAUUGGUUGGUCCGAAUGACAGCCGACUUGGAGAAUGAUAUUGUUUGCGUAGAACGGAUUGAUGAAUAUUCGCGAACAGAACCCGAGGUAGGAGACAAUUGGCCCGAGGGAAGAAUUGAAUUUAUCAACUACGGGACCCGUUAUCGGCCACAGUUGGACUUGGUUUUAAAAUCUAUUUCUGUUACCGUAAAUCGUGGAGAGCGUAUUGGAAUUGUCGGACGCACAGGAUCGGGAAAAUCAUCGCUGGUGAUGGGUCUCUUUCGAAUGUUAGAAGCGGCUGAGGGACAAAUCAAAAUCGACGGUGUGGAUAUCGGUCAAUUGGGAUUGCACGAUUUGCGUAGUCGAUUGACGCUUAUUCCUCAGGAUCCGGUUUUGUUCUCAGGCACAUUGCGAUUCAACUUAGAUCCAUUCAGCAAACAUACAGACAGUGAAAUCUGGACGGCACUGGAGUUAUCGCAUCUGAAGAGCUUUGUCAAUGAAAGUAGCAACGGUUUAGGACUGGAUAUGAUCAUUUCAGAAGGUGGAUCAAACAUCAGUAUGGGACAGCGUCAACUUGUCUGUUUGGCUCGGGCGUUAUUACGUCGAACACGUAUCCUUGUGCUUGAUGAAGCAACCGCAGCUGUGGAUGCAUUGACAGACAAUCUGAUCCAGACGACUAUUCGCACAGAAUUUUCACACUGUACGGUUCUGACGAUUGCACAUCGUUUGAACACGAUUCUUGAUUACGAUAGGUAG